UUACUAUUGAUAACGCCAUUAGAAAAAGCAUCUUGAAAACUACACUGAUAUUAAACUACUCUAAUAUUAAAAGUUGUUGUCAGCCUGACAGGGGAGUGUGCUUUAUGACCACAGAACAAGUAACACUAAUUAGUUCUGCUGAUAAGCCGAUGGCUAAAAUCUGGCCGUCCUGGAAGAAACUUGGUAGGGAUGUCAGAUACUCAUUGUUUAGAAGCUAACAUGAAAGUGGAAGAAAUUGAGACCAGAGGGAAAACCAAGGGUCCAAAGAUUGAUAGACUGAUAGAUUCGUUUAGAAAAUGGCUUUAUAUCAUGGGUUCCUGUCUGUUUAUUUUGCUUGCAGCAAGGAAUUCUUUUCACUGGCACAUUCACAAUCUAUGGGGAGCCACUGGCAGUUUUUGGCAGAAUAACUGGGACUGUAUCUAUGAGAAGUGGGGCAGAGACAAUGAAAUUAUCUUUGGAUGUAUUGGUACGUUCCUUGUGACCACAUGCGUGUUUUGGUUGGGAAAUGCAUUCUUCCUGGUGCUAGAUGUGUAUGGGAUUCCUCAGAGUCUCCAGAAGUACAAGAUCCAAGAGAAUGUUGAGUUUGAGAUGUCAAAACUCUGGAAGGCCAUAAGAGUUGUCCUGGUCAACCACUUCAUUGUCGGCUUACCAUUCUGCCUGGGCAUUACCUUUACCUACCAGAUGCGGGGCUGCUCCUUCAGUGGAGAAUUACCCACGUUUCACUGGGUGCUACUCGAGAUACUUGUCUUCUCGCUGGUGGAAGAGUUCUUCUUUUACUACACACAUAGUGUUUGUAGGUUGCUCCACCAUCCCAAACUGUACAAGCAGAUCCACAAGAGGCACCAUGAGUGGACAGCACCAAUUGGAAUAGUGUCCAUCUACGCUCAUCCUCUGGAGCACCUCAUCAGUAAUGUGCUGCCCCCUGCCCUUGGCCCCUUGCUUAUGGGCUCACAUAUUUCCACUACAUGGUUGUGGUUUAGCCUUGCCCUGAUGUCGACCACUAUUGCUCACUGCGGCUACCAUCUGCCACUGCUGCCAUCCCCUGAAGCCCAUGAUUAUCAUCACCUAAAGUUCAAUCAGAACUUUGGAGUCCUUGGUGUGCUAGACCGUCUUCACGGCACGGACACGGUGUUCCGUCAGAGCAAGCAGUACCAGAGGCACAUAAUGCUGCUGAGUCUGGCCCCUCUCACACAGCAGAUACCAACCUCUCCAAAGAAGAAGCCAGAGUAGGCCUCUUGGUUGACCAGACUGCUAGUAUAUACUAGAAUAUUCCAUUAAGUUCAUUUACCCAUAAAGUUUAUCAGAACAUUGGAAUUAUCCUUAAAACAGCUUACUAGUGUAAAGAAAAAUCUGUGAAAAUUCUUACUGUAUGAUAAAAAUAAGGAAAAACAAAUUCAGUUAAAUAAGGCUAUAAGUAAAAGUGUAGUUUUUAUACGCCCGUAUAAAAUACGGGACGUAUUAUGUGAAACCCCUUGGCGGGCGGGCGGCGGGCGGAAGGCAUCACUUUGUCCGGACUCUAAUUCAAAUUGUAUUCAUCCGAUCUUCACCAAACUUGGUCAGCAGUUGCAUCUAGUUGAUAUCUAGGCCAAGUUCGAAUAUGGGUCAUGCCGGGUCAAAAACUAGGUCAUAGGGUCAAUAAGUGCAUUUUCAAAGGGGCCACUUUGUCCGGACUCUAUUUCAAAUUGUAUUCAUCCGAUCUUCACCAAACUUGGUCAGCAGUUGCAUCUAGUUGAUAUAUAGGCCAAGUUCGAAUAUGGGUCAUGCCGGGUCAAAAACUAGGUCAUAGGGUCAAUUAGUGCAUUUUCAACGGCGCCACUUUGUCCGGACUCUAAUUCAAAUUGUAUUCAUCCGAUCUUCACCAAACUUGGUCAGUAGUUGCAUCUAGUUGAUAUCUAGGUCAAGUCCGAAUAUGGGUCAUGCUGGGUCAAAAACUAGGUCAAAGGGUCAAUUAGUGCAUUUUACUUUGUCCGGACUCUAAUUCAAAUUGUAUAAAUCUUAUCUUCACCAAACUUGGUCAGUAGUUGCAUCUAGUUGAUAUCUAGGCCAAGUUCGAAUAUGGGUCAUGCCAGGUAAAAAACUAGGUCAUAGGGUCAAUUAGUCCAUUUUCAACAGCGCCACUUUGUCCGGACUCUUAUUCAAAUUGUAUUCAUCCGAUCUUUACCAAACUUGGUCAGUAGUUGCAUCUAGUUGAUAUCUAGGUCAAGUUCGAAUAUGGGUCAUGUCGGGUCAAGAACUAGGUCAUAGGGUCAAUUAGUGCAUUUUCAACGGCGCCACUUUGUCCGGACUCUAAUUCAAAUUGUAUUCAUCCGAAACUUUUAAACAACUUUUUAUCCUGCGUCAAAGUGGUAUGGGGGUAUAAGUCACAUUCAGUGACAAAGCUCUAGUUCAAGUUGAUAUCAAUGCAUAUAUAUGAAUAUAUCAGUUUUAUAAGUUGUUGUUGUUUUUUUUGCUUAUUUCCAAAACAAAUACAUCAAUCAUCAGUGUAUCAUCUCCAAUGGCACACGAAUCGGGCGUAUAUUGCUCCGUCAUGCGGCGCUCUUGUUGUAAUUUGGAAUUCUGCUGGUGAAACUAAAGUUGCAGUGUGUUGUGUUUGCCGUGUGUUGUUUAGAUCGUUGUGUGUACAAAGUUUCCAUUGAUUGAUAUUGGUGAAGAAUGUUAGUUCCUGAUAAUAUAUUUUUAUCCCCGCCGAAAAAAAAUUCGGAGGGGAUAUAGUUAUAGUCUCCAUCCGUCUGUCCAUCUGUCCUUCCGUCCGAAAAUUUGUCCAGAGCAUAACUCCAAAUCUAUUCAAUGGAUUUACUUUAAACUUAGAAUAUAAACAGAUGCUAACUAGGAGAAGUGAUGUGACCAAGAACCAUAACUCUUAUCUACCUUAGUUUUUGAAUUAUCUCCCCUUUUAUAUAAUUUCAAAGUAAAUUUUUGUCCGGAGCAUAUCUCUAAAUCUACUUAAGGGAUUUACUUGAUACUUAAAAUAUAAACAGAUGGCAAGUAGCAGAAGUGCAGUGACUAAGAACCAUAACUCUAUCUACCUUAGUUUUUUUAAUUAUCUCCCUUUAUUUCAUUUCAAAUUAAAUUGUUGUCCGGAGGAUAACUCUAAAUCUACUGAAGGGAUUUACUUGAAACUUGAAAUAUAAACAGAUGGCAAGUAGGAGAAGUGCAGUGACUAAGAACCAUAACUCUAUCUACCUUAGUUUUGGAAUUAUCUCCCUUUAUUUAAUUUCAAAGUAAAUUUUUGUCAGGAGCAUAACUCUCAAUCUACUUAAGGGAUUUACUUGAAACUAGAAAUAUAAACAGAUGGCAACUAGGAGAAGUGCAGUGAACAUGAACAUGAACUCUUUUGGACGUAGUUUUUUAAUUAUCUCCCUUCAUUUCUUUAUUUUGUUUAUUUAUUUCUUUAUUUUUUAAAUUUAUAUUUAUUUAUUUAUAAUUUUCAAUUAUAUUUAAUUCAAUUUCAUAAAUAUAAAUAUUUUAGCUUUUCAAUUUUUAGUAUUUCCCUUUAUAUAAUUUUACAAUAACAUUUUAAUUUGGACACUGAAGUAUUCACUGUAAAAUGAAUAGAUGAGUUUAAGGAUAGUCUUCUUUUUUAAUUACCUCCCUUUCUUUCAUUUCCAUAUAUGUUAUUCUCUAUAGCAUAACUCUAACACUAUAUAACUACCGGUAAUUGAUCCUUGAAAUAUAAAUAGAUGACACAGGUGCCAUUUUUUACAAAUAUUAUUCUACUCUCUAAAACAAAUGUUGUUAUACAAGCAAACACAACGUGCUCAUGGUGAGCUUAUGUGAUCGCCUUUUGUCCAUCGUCUGUUGUGCGUUCUGAAUUGUGUGGCGUCAACAUUUGUCUUGUUAACUCUUUAGAGGGCACAUUUAUUGUCCAAUCUUCAUGAAAUUUAGUCAGAAGAUUGGUCUCAAUGAUAUCUUGGAUGAGUUCGAAAAUGGUUGCUUGAAAAACAUGGCAGCCAAGGGGCAGUCAUUUUUCCUUAUAUGGCUAUAGUAAAAUCUUGAUAAAACUUGGUCAGAAGAUUUAUCUAAAUAAUAUCUUGGAUGAGUUCGAAAAUGAUGCUGGUUGGUUGAAAAACAUGGCUGCCAGGGGGCGGGGCAUUUUUCCUUAUAUGGCUAUAGUAAAACCUUGUUAACACUCUAGAGGCCACAAUUAUUUUCCGAUCUUCAUGAAACUUGCUCAGAAGAUUUGUCCCAAUGAUAUCGUGGAUGAGUUCAAAAAUGGUAACAUUUGCCUGAAAAACAUGGCUGCCAAGGGGCGGGGCAUUUUUUCUUAUAGGGCUAUAUAUGGCUAAAGUAAAAUCUUGUUAACACUCUAGAGGCCACAUUUAUUGUCUAAUCUUCAUGAAACUUGGUCAGAAGAUUCAUCCCAAUAAUAUCUUGGCUGAGUUUGAAAAUGAUUCCAGUUGGUCGAAAAACAUGGCCGCCAGGGGGCGGGGCAUUUUUCCUUAUAUGGCUGUAGUUAAACCUUGUUAACACUCUAGAGGCCACAUUUAUUGUCCAAUCUUCAUGAAAUUUGGUCAGAAGAUUUGUCUUAUUGAUAUUUUGGAUGAGUUACGUUUGAUUGAAAAACAUGACUGCCAAGGGGCGGGGCAUUUUUCUUUAUAUGGCUACAUGUAUAUAUGGCUCUAGUAAAAUCUUGUUAACACUCUAGAGGCCACAUUUAUAGUCCUAUCUUCAUGAAACUCGGUCAGAAGAUUCAUCCCAAUAAUAUCUUGGAUGAGUUCAAAAAUGAUGCUGGUUGGUUGAAAAACAUGGCCACCACAGGGGCGGGGCAUUUUUCCUUAUAUGGCUAUAGUAAAACUUUGUUAACACUCAAGAGGUCACAUUUAAUUUCCGAUUAUCAUAAAACUUGGUCAGAAGAUUUGUCCCAAUGAUAUCUUGGAUGAGUUCGAAAAUGGUUUUGGUUGCUUUAAAAACAUGGCCAUCAGGGGGCGGGGCAUUUUUCCUUAUAUGGCUAUAUAUGGCUAUAGUAAAACCUUGUUAACACUCUAGAGGCCACAUUUAUUGUACAGUCUUCAUGAAAUUUUGACAGAAGAUUGGCGUUGGCGUUAGCGUGCAAAUGUUAAAGUUUGCGUACUACCCCAAAUAUUUCCUGUGUCCCUUUACAUAUUGCUUUCAUAUUUUGCAUACUUGUUAACCAUCAUGACCCCAACCUAUAAACAAGAGCAGACAACUGUGUUGUUUACCAUCAUCACCCCAACCUAUAAACAAGAGGUUUAAAGUAUGCGUACUACCCCAAAUAUUUCCUGUGUCCCUUUACAUAUUGCUUUCAUAUUUUGCAUACUUGUUUACCUUUAUGACCUCAACCUGUAAACAAGAGCAGACAACUGUAUCAAGCAUUUUGACAGAAUUAUUGCCCCUUUUAUACUUAGAAUAUGCAUAUUAUUGAUAAAUCUAUGUUAAAGUUUGUGUACUACCCCAAAUAUUUCCUGUGUCCCUUUACAUAUUGCUUUCAUAUUUUGCAUACUUGUUAACCAUCAUGACCCCAACCUAUAAACAAGAGCACACAACUGUGUUGUUUAUCAUCAUCACCCCAACCUAUAAACAAGAGUAGACAACUGUAUUAAGCAUUUUGACAGAAUUAUGGCCCCUUUUAUACUUAGAUAAUUGAACAUUUUGCUUAAAUUGCCAUAACUUCUUUAUUUAUGAUCAGAUUUUAUUAAUACUUUGACAAAACAACACUUACCUGAAUACCACAAUGAAUUCCACCCAAACAAUACCCCACGCCCAAACCCAGAAUCCCUGCCCCCCCCCCCACCUCCCCCCCCCAAAAAUUUUUUUUUGAAUAUGAACAAUUUUCCAUUGAUGGCUUACGUUAUACUGUCAAGCACUCGAAUAGUCGAGCGCGCUGUCCUCUGACAGCUCUUGUAUUUAUUAAUAAUUUAUAUUACAUUAUUAUUUAAUUCAUUUGCGAUUUAUGUUUUGUUCUAUUACUAGUAAACUUCACAUCAAUUGAGAAAUGUUUCCGUCACAGACCAACAGCUCUUGCAAUAUUUAGCUUCUCAACCAAAAUUGCACCAAUGUCCUUACAUAAUAUUUAUCAUCUAAGUGGAAAAAGUUUUACAAAGUGAAAUUGAAUCUUGCCUAACAAUUUGUUGAUGACAUGGUGAAGUGCGGUUUUUUAACUAAUCUACAAAUAUUUAUAGUCAUAUUGUAUGUAACCAUGCAAUUGUAUUUUGUGUGUGUGUUUACUAUUUAGUACUUAGGUUUUGAAAAUCCUGCUGAAUGGCAUUUAUUGUGAUUUGAAUAGCUUUUUCUAUCAUCAUUAUUUUGAGAAUUUUUACUUUCUUUUAUUGUGUGUGAGACAUUGUAAAUAUUUGAACAUUUAUCUUCAGUGGAAUUAUGUCUUUAACCAGUAAAUAAGCCACACAUGGUCUUCAACCACUGUAUGCACACACAACUUGCCACAGCAUGGGUUUUCCACGAAAUCAGAAGAAAAAACUUGAAGUUAAGAGUUAUAAUUGGGGUAAAUGUCAAAGUCGAUUGAAGAUGAGUCUAGUAUCAUAAUCAGACUAUAAACACAUGCAUUUGCAUUUGCCAUAACCCAGACAGCUUUGCAUGAUGUGACUGCAUGCUAUUAUCUGUCCUGUUUAAUUAUUUGUUGUCAUUGUAAUUAUUGUUUAUGUUGGUUGUUUGCAGAUUUUUUUAAUAAUAUAGGAAUUGUAGUCUAGUCACGAAAAAGUCUGUAAACUGAGGAUCAUAAAUUUAAUAAUGUCAAACAAAUAGUGCAAUAGUGCUACCCCAGUCUCAGCGUAAAGAAAAAAAAUUGCGAAACUAAAUUACAAUCGAUGUUCAGGGAAUUUUCUUAAUGCAUUAAAAUGGCCAAUGUUUGUUUUUGCAGCCUAUUGUGUACUUAUGUCAGCGAUUCUAUGAUAAAGGGUGAUCAUUAAGUUUGAUUUCUUGUAAAAUUUGAUGCUUUGAAUAUUUUGUUAUUUUGUGUGUCAUAACUAUUCUUGCUGUUUGGUUUAGUAAACAUAAAUAUAAUUGGUU